UCUAACAAUUCGAACGAAACUGAUAAAUCUAUAAGUGCUGGUUCAGUUUUAUUUUGGUUCAACUCAUGUAUAUAACGUUUCAAAACUGAAAAAACUCAUUGAAGUGAUAGCAUUACUAUUAUUUCGAUGGUUUCGUUUUCGUCCACUAUGUUUUGUUUGUUAUAAAAAUUCUUUGUUGUUGCUACGACAGUCAAUUUUUGUGACAAACUAAAUAUGUUCUAGGGGUCUAUGGAAGAGAAUGAGCAUCAAUUUUUAUGUGAAAGUAACUUUUUUAUAUCGAUGUUUAUGCAAUAUAUAAAAAACUGUUUUCUUCAUUAACUUAGUUAAUGAAUAAAAAGAUAUGAGUUCUACAAGUGUAGCUAGACAAAAUAGGCGAAUGCGCCAGCAGCAAUUGUCUGCUUUAAAUUCUCUCUCUUCUCCUAUGACUCUUGCAGCUAGCACAUUAAAUUCUAGUCCUUCUAAUUUUAAAUCCUAUGAAGUAUCAACUGAUUGUUCUUUGUCUGCUGAUGAAAAUAAAUCGAAUGAAAGUAUCCAGGAUUCCCAAAAAAUUCAAGAUUCUUUUACCUCAACUACUGGUUGUAGCUUCAUAAACUGUGAUGUCUCUAGUCGCCCCACUGGAAAAGUUUUUAUUGAAGAUGAAAGAGGCUUUAAAGUGGUGGAUGCUAGUGAAGUUAUGCAGUCAUUUAAGAAUGAGUAUUCUUCAGCGGAGUCUAUGGAAAGAGAGCCUGCAAUUCUAUUGUCAUAUAAAGCAGCAAGAAUGUUUCAGAAUUUCAGUACCUUUUGUCACGGACUUCUGGGAGGAAUGUCACUCAUACAUUUGCUGUUGCUCACUCAUCUCAUCACAUCUAAUUCAUCAAAUGAAGAUAAAAUGAAACAUUUUGGUUUCUUGUCUCAGCCAGUCCAUAAUAUCUAUAAUUUCAUUUGUGUCAUUUGUUGCAUAUCUGCAUUUGACAGGCAUGAUGUUGGAAGUAUCAAGAACUUGCUUCAGAAUGUUAAGAAAUGCCAUCCAACGCUUUGCAUUAUUUUUAUAUAUCCGUUGUGCCUGUUAAUGAGUUUGAGUACUGUUAACGUCGAUGAAAGAUUUUGGCUAUCUUACAACAAUGCAACAGAUGUUGAAAUGCUGACUUCAAAAGAUGUAUCAAACGAAAUUUUCUACUGGAAGACCUUAAGCAUUUUGAAGUGUGUUGGUGCUAUAAUAGCAUGGAUUUUAAUAAGCUUCAAACCAAAUCAUAACAUUUUCCUCAAACAAAUUAAAAAUAUUCUAGAGAAAAACAAAAAUAUUCAUUGAAAAUUGCUCAUCUCUUGUUUUUUAAUAUCAUUACUUAACACAAGUUAUUUAUGAACAAUUAAGGAAAUAACAUUGGUUCUGUAAUAGCAUGGAUUUCAAUAAAUUUCAAACUGAAUCAUAAUAUUUUUUCAAACAAAUAAAAAAUAUCCCUGAGAAAAACAAGGAUGUUUGUUAAAAAUAGUUUCUUGUAACUUGUUGCUAUGUAAAAGUUAUUUAUGAAUUAUUUAGAAAAUAACAUUUUAUUGAAUUCUUAAAAUUUAAACUAUAAAUCUAAACUCCAACACAACAUUCCAGAAGAGUCUGUAAAAACACUAUUUAUAUAACCAUGAGAAAUACACUCCAUCAAUUAUACAAAAUGUAGAUUUAAUAAAGGUGAGAACCACUGAAACUCUGAUGACAAAUUAAAUUUGCAUGAAUAAAAUUUCUAAAUUAUAAAAUUUGUAAAGCUGUAAUAAGAACAUACAUUUCAUAUAAAUUUAAACACUAUUUAAUGUCAAAAAUGCUAUAGUUUAAAUGUGAGAUUCAUAAUUCAUGUAAAAACAAAGCAAGACCCGAGAAGCAGUUUAAAAUUUGUAAUUCAUCUAGAUAAGAUUUGAUCACUAAAUAGCAUUGUUUGCCUCUAUUUGUAUUCUAGCCUUAUAAUCAUUUAAAUGCACUCUUAGCUUUCUAAAAUUAAGGAGAUGAUUGCCAAAAUUUACAUACAUUGCUACAUUACAUGCUUAAAAGAUAUAGCUUUGUGUCUUGAUUUUGUUGACAAAAAUUGUAUGUGAAUUGAUUGAUAGAAUCAGAAUUUUAUGUAAUAUAAAUUUUUGGCUAUCUUAACAAGCAAAUGUUCCAAUUAGCGAGGUUCUUCAGAAAAAUUAAAUAACAUUUGUUACAUAAUUGAAUAGCUUUUUUACUCUAAAAAUAUUAUUAUAAAUUUCAUAAAAUUCUUAUUACCGGAUAUAGAAAGUUAUUUCAGUAAAUAUUGUUAAAAAUAUUUAGCACUAGCCAUUUCUUUCUGAAAGUUACUUAACACAUAAGUAUUUUUUAUCUGUUCAAUUUACUUAUUUCUUUUAAAAGUGUUGUUAAAACAACAUUAUGCACUUUCUUUAUAUUUAAUAAGAAAUUAAAUAUAUAAAUCUUUUUUCACAUUUAAGUUGUUAUUAACCUGUUAAAUGGGGAUUAAACUUUUAUUCAACUAGUUCCACUAGACCUUUUUCUUGAUAAUUAUCAGCAAUAUAUCCACACCUCAAGUAAUUCCCUUGACGAAAACUUAUCAUGCACAUUGCAGCAUUAGUAUGCGUAUGACAAAAUAUUUCCAGUUAACAGGUAAACAAAUUAUUGAGAAAAAAGAACAUAUUUCUAUUGAAAGGCUGCUAUUUAAUUCUUUUUUUAAGAUAGCUGGUCACCUUUUUUUUAUAUUUAAAUAAUUUUUGUAUUUCAUGUCAGUUCUAUAUAGAGAAAUGCAAAAGAAUUUGCAUAGGAAAAUGUUUACCUCAUGUCAUUUUCUGAGUCAUUAUUUGUCACAACACUUAUUUAGAAAAUGUACCAUUUACUUGUUAUUCUACAUUUUAUUUAUUUAUUUUUGUUUAACAGUGUUAUUCAUCAGCUUAAUGCUAUCUCUAGUCAUUAUUAAUAAAAGUUAUUUGAAACCUGCACUUGCUAUUUUGCUUUUUUAUUUUUAAAACAGUAUUAGUUCUAUGAAAUAAAGUAAAAUGGAUUACUAUUAAAAAUAUUUAUCACUAGUCACUUUUAAGUCAUUAUUUUGUAACUGUUUAUUUGUGAUAUACUGUUGAAUAGCUGUAAAUAAAUCUUUUUGAAUAAAUAAAUCUUGUUCAAAUUUA